CGAUCAGUCGCAAAUCAGUCGCAGUCAGCACCUGCCACCUUACAUGAGCGCUAGCGCUUUCGCAGAAGCCAUAGUUUCCCGCUAGAACCCGCGACCCAGCAGCGCCUGUUAGCCGCUGCUCACCAAGCACUAGCGCUUAUUUCUAACGCAAAUGGCCCAGACUCAUCAUACUAUGGACGUUGAGUCGCUGUCCAGCUCGGAGGGCAAGGCGAAGGCGCAGCUCGCUCAGAUGGCGCCAGUGGUGAAGGAUGAGUGGGUCCGUGGCGACCCGGGACCUUUCGGCCUGCUCUGCUUCGGCAUGACCACUUGCAUGCUCAUGUUCAUCACUACCGAGUGGACCACCAAGGGCUUCCUGCCCACCGUUUUCUGCUAUGCGAUGUUCUACGGUGGCCUGGGCCAGUUCGUCGCUGGCGUUCUUGAGUUGAUCAAGGGCAACACCUUUGGCGGCACUGCCUUUGCUUCCUACGGCGCCUUCUGGAUGGGCUGGUUCCUGCUCGAGUACCUGACCUGGACCGACAAGGCCCUGUACGCCGGCGUCCAGAGCGGCAAGUCCCUGUGGUGCGGUCUGUGGGCCGUCCUGACCUUCGGCUUCUUCAUCGUGACCUGCCGCAAGAACGGCUGCCUGAUGACCAUCUUCAGCACCCUGGUCAUCACCUUCGCGCUGCUGUCCGGCGGCGUGUGGGACCCCCGCUGCGAGCAGGCCGCCGGCUACGUUGGCUUCUUCUGCGGCUCCAGCGCCAUCUACGCCGCUUUUGUGUUCCUGUACAAGAUUGAGCUGGGCAUCUCCCUGCCCGGCGUGCGCCCCGUCGCUUUCCUGUAAGCAGCGGCGCGGAUGCCCUCAGUGCACUGCUAGCACUUGGCUUAAUGACCAGUUGGUCCUGGUAGCUACCUGGUAGCUUCGAAUAACAACACCGACAUAGUGCCAGGGUGGCACGGUACAGCACACUGUCGGAGUUUGCCGGCCGGCACUUCGUGUGCCAGGCCGUUUUGGUUUCAACUUGGAUCGAUGAAAUGACAAGUAACGGCUUAGCGCGGUCAAUGGCCAGGGCCGACUCAAUACGAGCGCAGCCGCGGGAAUGACAACGUAGGAACGAUGAACGCCGUGUGUAUGUGUAUGUGGGCUUGCCAAACGUGCACUCAAUAAUGCCCGGUUUGGGGCGAAGGAGCACUGCGACAGUUUUGGUGCGUGCUAUGGAUUUGGCAAUGCCUCAACGUAGUUGUUAGGUCUCUGGCUGCGAACCUGUGUGGGCGCACGCGUGCGUUUGGGUAAUCCCAUGGCCCCAUGGCCUCAGCACUCUCUUCGUGCUACAGGUUGUGCCUUCCUGUCCUGUACGCCUGAGAGGAAGAGACGGAGAGGCAAGAACGCAGGGGUUGUUGGUAUGUCAUGGACAUUGCAGUUUUGGUGUUGCUGGAUACGUCGCCGUGUACGAUACGUGAAGGCGCGACAUUUUACGGCACAGGUGUCCGCGGCGUGUGCGCGUGUGCCGGACUUUUGAACUUACACCGGCUCCGCCGCACCACCGCAGCACCUUCGUUUUGUACUAAAACAUAAUUUGCCCGGCGCAUGUGGUAAAAGUACAGUGGCAUGCGAAGUAGGUGUUGAGUGCAAUGCCACGCGUGUGCCUGCCGCCUCGGUGGGCUAUAGUGGCUUACGAUGAGCGGGAAGACAAUGCCAUGGUGUGCUUGUUGAAUCGCUUGGAAGGAGACAGUAGGAGGCAUGGGCAUGGAGUGAACGAAGGGACCCACGGCUGGGACCGCAGGGGCAAGGACAUUGCCUGCUAAUAUGGUGCGCAAAUGGUGUGCAUGCCAUUUGAAGUUGAUUGGAACUGUGACAUACGACUGCAACCUUCCGUUCCG